AUGCAGUUUACUGACUGUUUAAUCCUGCAAUUGUGCGUUAUGCAGCAGCAACUUUCUUUGAAGGGCUUUGCUGGAGACACAGCCAAGGCUCAUGCAAAGACGAGCAUGAUUGCUGGGGAGGGAGUGAGCAACAUUCGGACAGUCGCCGCCUUCAAUGCCCAAAACAAGAUCCUAUCUCUGUUCUGCCACGAGCUCCGUCUCCCACUGCUGGGAAGCCUCCGCCGCAGCCAAACUGCUGGCGUCCUAUUUGGCCUCUCUCAGUUUGCUCUCCAUGCCUCUGAAGCUCUCAUUUUGUGGUAUGGUGCCCACCUCGUUAGCAAAGGUGUCUCCACCUUCUCGAAAGUUAUUAAGGUUUUCAUUGUCCUUGUUGUAACGGCGAAUUCAGUUGCUGAAACUGUCAGCCUUGCCCCGGAGAUUAUCAGGGGCGGUGAAGCAGUUGGUUCGGUAUUUUCAAUCCUUGAUCGUCAAACAAGGAUUGACCCGGAUGAUCCUGAGGCUGAGGUGGUUGAAUCAGUUCGCGGAGAAAUUGAACUUAGGCAUGUUGAUUUUGCAUAUCCAUCGCGACCUGAUAUCAUGGUGUUCAAAGAUUUUAGUCUCAGAAUCCGUACUGGCCACAGCCAAGCGCUUGUCGGAGUUAGUGGUUCGGGAAAGAGUUCUGUGAUUGCAUUGAUCGAGCGAUUUUAUGAUCCAUUAGUUGGGAAAGUAAUGAUCGAUGGCAAGGACAUCCGCCGGUUGAACUUGAAGUCUCUUCGGUUGAAAAUUGGACUGGUGCAACAAGAACCAGCCCUGUUUGCAGCAAGCAUCUUUGAAAACAUUGCCUACGGCAAAGAAGGCGCAACCGAAGCAGAAGUAAUCGAAGCUGCACGUACUGCUAACGUGCAUGGUUUCGUUAGCGGAUUGCCUGAUGGAUACAAAACCCCGGUUGGGGAGCGAGGAGUUCAGCUCUCUGGCGGACAGAAACAAAGAAUUGCAAUAGCAAGGGCGGUGCUCAAGGACCCUAGAAUACUCUUGCUAGAUGAGGCCACAAGUGCACUUGAUGCUGAAUCAGAAUGUGUGUUGCAAGAAGCACUUGAGAGGCUAAUGAAGGGCCGCACCACCGUGCUAGUUGCCCACCGUUUAUCGACAAUUAGAGGGGUGGACAGCAUUGGCGUGGUGCAAGACGGGCGCAUUGUGGAACACGGCAGCCAUUCGGAACUAGUGAGCCGCCCCGACGGAGCUUACUCAAGGCUGUUGCAGCUGCAAAAUCAUCACGUAUGAGAAGAGUUUUGGUCAAAAGCAAGCAUGCAUGCAUGGAUGGCCUUGUUGGGUGUUAAUUAUGUGUGUCCCCUAUUUUUCUUAGUUUGUAGAUAUUGGCAAAUGUGUCUGAACAAUUUCUCUCUAAUCUCUAAAGCAAGUAUUAUAUUAUUAAUCAAAUAUCAUAUCUUUCCUUUCUCCUUUUA